AGUAAUUAAGUAUGGGAAAUUUUGCGUCAGUGUUAUGUCAUCCGGAGCAAUUACCUUCAUUCAAGCUAGCAAAUGUCAGAAAGAGUGGAAAUAAGGAUACAAAAUCGUAUAGCUUGUUCCUUUCUCCUCCUGAAAGUCCUUUUGGACAAAGAGAUCAGCCUAGCUUUAAACAAUUAUUCUGCAUCAGUGAUAAGGUUUACCAAGACGAGAUUGAUAACCAUAGCGAGAAGGCUAAGAGUCAGAAGAAUAUCAGAACUGCUCGCCCAGAGCCUAUUAAGUUCAAAUGUGACAUCGUAAUUGACUACGACUCGAUUAUUUCUGUGACGAAAAAUGAUUCAGCACAGAGUGCUAAACCUAUGAAGUCGAAUUCAGUAGAUGAAAGAGACCUUGAAGAAGAGAAGCAGACAUUCAGUGAGAAAGAGAUGAAGCUAACCAUAACAUAUUCAGACUUUAAGACUAUCACUCUGUACUUUGAAGAUGCUCAGGAAUUUCACAAGACCGAAGAGAUACUGAUGAGUAUUAAUUCUCCAAAAGAGAGGACGGUUGCUAUUUUGGUCAACCCGGUCUCAGGAAAAAGACAAGGAAAGCACCAUGUCAAGAAGACUCUGGUUCCUAUGCUUCUCAGUGCAGAUAUCAGCUAUGAAAUUUUGGAGACUGACUCACCUACGUAUGUGGAUACCUGGGUCGAGCAAUUUAACGACAAACUUUUCCCAUACACAGAUAUUAUCUGUGUUGGAGGAGAUGGACUUUUCUUUCAGCUGAUCAACGCGAUCGGGAGGAGUCUGAAGAGAGACGACCUAUUCAAAGUUCCCAUAGGGAUCCUGCCUUGUGGAACUCAGAACGCGAUAGUUUGAGAUCUUGGUGGAAGAAAGGUCAGAGAUGCGUGAAUUAAUAUUGUUAGAGGACACACCAUUCCCUCAGAUAUCAUGAGGAUAAAUUUUGAGAAACAAGAUGAGCCAAUCUAUGCUACCUCUCUCUUGUGGGGGAUCACAGGUGAGAUUGCAACAAAAGCUGAGAAGCUGAGAGGUCUCUGAAAAUCAGCUAAAUAUGCUAUUGGCGGAACUCUGACAUUUUUGUCUUCAUGUAGACUGAAGCAUUAUAAAUGCAAAGUUGAGUACAAACCAAUGGUCCCUCUUGGAGAUUCAGAGAAUAGAGAUGAAGACCAUAAAGAAGAAGGUCAUAAAGAAGAGGAUCAUAAAGAAGACAGAAUUGUAGAAAGUGAGAAUCAUUCUCAUUUAGAGGAGCAAAGAUCCAAAAUAAGAUGCAUUUCAGAGAGUGCAUGGUCAACUUUCGACCUGGACGACUUCUGAUUCUUUGGAAUUGUAACUCAUGAAGCUAGAAAUUCAAAGAAAAAGAAAGAAGUUUUCAUGCCAGGUGCUAGGUUUGAUGACAAAAGAAUGUAUAUGGGAAGUCUAGCUAAACUGGGGAAGAUUAAACUCUUACAGUUCUUAUGCAAACAUUCUGCUGGAAACAUUAUGGAUUGUAAGAGAUUUAGCGGAACUGAAGUGUCUGAAGUGAGAAUUGCCCCAAGAAACGACUGACCUUAUAAUGUAGAUGGUGAGUUAUUUCCAUCUGAUAAAGCCCACAUCGAGUUACUCCCUUCUCAUUUGAAUUUAAUUGGGAAGAUCCAUUGCAAUAAAUAG